GCUGUUCCUGUCCCCAGGCCGGUUGUGGUUUAGCUGAGCUGAGCCGAAAUCCUAAAGGCAGCGGAGUCGGCGGUGAUGUAGGUAGCGGUAGCUUGAGUGGCAACAGAAUUCAGUUACAAUGGGAAACAUUUUUGAAAAGCUCAUUAAGAAGUCUACUUGGGAAAAAAGAGAUGCGGAUUCUUAUAUUGGGUUUGGAUACAGCUGGAAAAACCACCAUCUUGUAUAAAUUGAAGCUGGGGGAGACUGUGCCUACCAUCCCUACAGUAGGUUUCCAUUCGGAGAUGGUAGAAUAUAAAAAUAUCACCUUCACAGUCUGGGAUGUUGGCAGCCACUUCAAAAUCAGACCUCUGUGGCAGCAUAUUUUCCAGAACACAAAAGGUCUGAUUUUUGUGGUUGACAGUAAUGACAGAGAGCAGAUUGAUGAGGCCCGGGAAGUACUAACUUACUUAUUAGAGGAUGAUGAGCUCAGAAAUGCAGUUUUAUUGGUAUUUACCAAUAAACAGGAUCUCCCUAAUACUAUGAACGCUGCAGAGAUAACAGACAAGCUCGGCCUCUAUUCCCUCUGCUACAGAAACUGGCACAUUCAGACUACUUGUGCCACUACCGGACAUGGGCUUUACGAAGGCCUGGACUGGCUCGCCAACCAGCUCCAGAACCAGAAUUGACCAGAAGGAUCUAUUCUUUGUGCCUUGUGGCCACAUCGGUUGGCCUCUGCUGCGUGCAUGUGUACCUGUGUGCUGGGAGUGGAGGCAGCUUUCUCACAGUGCCUUAUCCAUGCUAUAAGAAAAGCAGUGUUACAUUUUAAGAAACCCAGUGUUAAGUUUUAAACACCACCUUCCAUUUCAGUAGCUUUGAUGAUCAUUUUUGCAAUUGAUGGAGAAGUCCAGAGGGCUUGCGGGUGCUCGAAUGCCAGAGCGGGCUACAUGGUGAAAAGGAGGAGAAGAGUUGGAGCCAGAACUGAGUUCAGCUGUUGCAAUCCUGGUCUGGCAUCUGGAGUCCUGUUAGUCUUUGGCGUCCUUUCAUAAAAAGGAAGGAACUGUCAUUCUUUUUUUUUUUUUUUUUUAACCAUAUUUUUACUGUACCUUUUCAUGUUUAUUUUUUAUUAAAAAUUUUCUUUUUUUUUUGAAACAGCCGCCCACUCUGUCGCCCAAGCUGGAGUGCAGUGGUACGAUCUCAGCUCACUGCAACCUCCGCCUCUCGGGCUCAAGCAGUCCUCCCACCUCAGCCUCCUACAGGUGUGCACACCACACCUGGGUAAUUUUUGUACUUUUUGUGGAGAUGGGGUCUCGCCAUGUUGCCUGGGCUGGUCUCUAACUCCUGAGCUCAAGGGAUCCACCCACCUCAGCCUUCCAAAGUGCUGGGAUUACAGGCAUGAGCCACUACGCUCCCCAGAAAUCAUCAUUCUUUACCAUCACUGCUGGAGCUAGCAGCUCACUCUUCAGUGCUUUAAAGCAAAUGAUCCUCAGGAAAGAAAAGGUACUUGCUUAUUGCAGGUGCGAAGAGGUUCAGAUUGGUGGAACUUUUCCCUGAUGCUAUAUUUUAGCCCAGAGUUCCUGAUGUAAGAUGCUUUAUUUAAAGGUAUCAGUGAGCUUUUUCACUGGCAUAUCAAGACUUUGUAACACUAGGAAGGUAUCCAGCCUUUUCCAUAUGCUAGUUCCUUCCCUUAUUUGCCAGAUGGGGACCCUGUGGGGAGGUGACCCAGUGUGAGGCCGAAGCUCUUUCCCAGAGCCCCGCAGGCCAGCGGAGGGUCGUGUUUGCGCUCUGGGCAUCACCAUCUGGGGUCUCGGUCCUCUGUGACUGCAGCUCCCACAUCCCUGCUCUGAGAUAAAUGUUCUUCCCGUGAAGCAGACGGUUCACUUUUGGGAUGGCGCUGUCCCCAGGUUUGGCUGUCUCAGUCCAGAUGAUGGUUUUGGUUACUUUCCAUUCCCAGAACCACACGCCUGUGAGUUCUGAGAGUUUGUGACAGACUCAAGGGGCUAAUUUGGGAGAUGUGAGAGUCCCAGCUACCCCUGGUAUUGCCCCCGAGUUAGUGGCAAAUUUCACUAUGGGAAACAGCUCUUGGCAAGACCAAGCUCCACCACAUUGCCUCCCUCUUUUGGAUGGCCAUGGCAUCUCAUGAACCACUUGGAAAUGUGUUUUAUGUUGUUCUUCAAAUAUUAAUAAAAAUGUCCUGGAGAGGAGAUUCACUAA